AGUCUUCGGCUGGUUACUUCCUGUUCCAAGGUUGUUUUCUCUGCGGGAGAAAAUAGCGGUUCUGUGAACCAACGUAGUUGUAAUCCAGAUCCUGGCAGUCAGACCUGGAGGGGAGAAACACCGGGCAAUACAACCAUCGACCUGUGCGUCACGUCAAACCGUGUUCACCUGUUCGCUAACGUUAAACUGCGGUGAGAUGAACAUCAGAGGGGCGGGUAGCUAGUUGACUGGAUAAAGCGACUAAAUAGCCCGCCCUUUCGAGUUAGAAAGUAAAACAAACGCAGCAGUUUGUUUGCCAGAAGCUCCUGCUUUUUUCUCCCCGUGACUAACAUUAGCAGGAAGUGGUGGCCACUUGACGUUAGCUAGCUCUGUGCUCCCAAACAACCAGCCGUCAUUAUGUCAAAAUACACCAGCUUUCCAGAGGCGGUGGACGACCACAACCCUUUCCAGGACCCUGCGGUGACUCAACACAGCAGCAACACAGGAUACGCCACUCUGGACCUUUAUAACCCAUUUGAUAACACGACUGGGCCUCCACCACCAUAUGAAGCCACCUCUCCCUCAGCUCCAUCUGCACCUGCGCAGACCCCACCCAGCAGGACAACACCUACCGAGCCUCGUAACUAUGGCUCCUAUAGCUCCCAGACUGCAGUGAAUGCUACCACAGCAGAGCUCCUGAAGAAGCAGGAGGAGCUGGAGAAGAAAGCCCGUGAGCUGGAGAGGAGAGAGAGGGAGCUGGAGUCACACAGCCUGGGACCUGGAGCCACCCGUCAAAAUAACUGGCCGCCGCUGCCUUCAUUCUGCCCUGUGGGCCCCUGUUUCUACCAGGACAUCAAUGUGGAGAUCACUCAGCGCUUCCAGCGCACCGUCACCAUCAUGUACUACUUCUGGAUGUUCUGCACUUGCACGCUGCUCUUCAACCUGAUCUCCUCCCUGGCCAUGUUCUGUGUGGACAGCACCGGUGGUGUUGGGCUGGGCCUCGCCAUCCUCUGGGCACUCCUCUUCACCCCCUGCUCCUUCAUCUGUUGGUACCGGCCUGUGUACAAAGCCUUCAGGAGUGACAGCUCCUUCAAUUUCUUUGUCUUCUUCUUCGUUUUCUUUGCCCAAGUGGUCACCAACGUCAUCAUGACCAUUGGUAUCCCUGGAUGGGGUUUCAGCGGGUGGAUUGUGAGCUUGGCUGCUCUGAAGUCCAGUGUCCCCGUUGGUGUGAUCAUGAUGAUGAAUGCUGUCCUCUUUACUGCCCAAACCGCCAUGGGGGUUGUCAUGUUGAAGAAGGUCCACAGUCUGUACAGGCAGACCGAUGCCAGCUUUCAGAAGGCCCAGGCCGAGUUCGCCACCGGAGUCAUGUCCAAUCAGGCCGUACGCCAGGCCGCUACCAGCGCUGCCACCAGCGCUGCCCAGGGGGCCUUCACUGCACCUCGAUAGAGAGGGACGAGAGGGGUUGGGAGGGUAAGAAGUGGAGCAGGAUGAGGAUGAGGGCCCAUUCAGCUUAAUAGAGGAUCUGUCAGUAUUUAUUUCCCCACAGGUGAUUAGAAUUUGACUGGGGGUUGAAACUGAGUCUGUGUAAUUACUGCUGAGCAACUGAACUUCAGGCCAUGUGCAUGAGACCGAGGUGGGGUUUAAUUUCUGAAGGUGUAUAGGACAAGUUAGCUACAUUGCCAAACCAGGACCUAACAAACCACCAAAUUUUGAGUAAAGAAACAGAAACAUGGUGUGCGAUGUGAAAAAGAAUAAGAUAAUGAAGCUGUAUCAAAUUUAGCGCAGUUGUACCAAGUGUCAGUGGAUGCAGGGUUGUUGUUUUUUUUAUGAAAAGACAAGCUGUGUGCCAAGCAGUUGUAGCCUCGAUAUUUUUACCUGGAUGUACAUUGUGUUUAUGAGGAGCCAUGUUUGAGACAAAGCGUAGGAGCUGAACACUUCAAUGUUGCCAUUCUAACAUUUGAUCCAUAACUGAGUGGCUCAACUUUUGGUCAAUGCCAUUUUUUGUUUUUGUUGCUUAAGUGUAAACUAACAAGUUGUUUUGUUAUUAUUUUCAAAUGAGAAUGCCUAUUUACCUUAUUGCCAAAAGAUUAUGAACAUGUGUUGUUUGGGUUACACUAUAUCUGUCACUGUUCUGUUGGUAUUGCUUGUUGUUCUUAAUGAUUAUUACAGGUCACUGUCUUGGUUUUAAUAAAAAUGUAUUGUCAUGCAA